GGAUCUGCGCUGGCAGUGGACUCCUCUCUUCACAGAUUGCUUGUGUAAUGGCAGCAGUUUGGCAGCAGGUUUUGGCAGUGGACGCAAGGUACAAUGCUUACCGCACGCCUACGUUCCCCCAGUUCCGAACUCAGUACAUCCGGCGCCGCAGCCAGCUGCUCAGGGAGAACGCCAAGUGUGGCUUUGAGCCGGGUCUGCGCAGGCAGUACCUGAGGCUGCGCAGUCAGCUGCUGGCCCUGCGCUACGGGCCGCUGUCCGAGCAGAGCAGCUUCAGGGCCAGCAGUGUGCGCAGCUCCCGCACCACUCUGGACCGCAUGGAGGACUUUGAGGAGGACCCCCGCUCUCAAGGAGCCCGAGGCCACCGCCGGUCCGUCAGCAGAGGAUCCUACCAGAUACAGGCCCAGAUGAACAGAGUCGUGUACGACGAGAGGCCUCCGGGCAGCCUGGUGCCGACCUCGGUGGCGGAGGCCAGCCGGGCGAUGGCCGGAGACACGACUCUGAGUGAAAACUACGCCUUCGCUGGCAUGCACCACAUCUUCGACCAACAUGUAGACUCUGCUGUCCCCCGGCUGCAGUUUGCCAACGACGAUAAGCACCUGCUGGCCUGCUGCUCUCUGGACGGGACGCUGUCCAUCAUGACGCUGUCCCCGUCCCCCCCCAGCGUGAAGGUGACUCUGAAAGGUCACGCGGGUCCCGUCACAGACUUCGCCUGGUCCCUGAGCAACGACAUCAUCGUGUCCACGUCUCUGGACGGGACGCUGCGGAUCUGGAACACGGGAGACGGGCGCUGCAUCCGAGAGGUCCGAGACCCUGAGUCCAGCGAGCUGCUGUGCUGCACCUUCCAGCCCAUGAACAACAACCUGACCGUGGUGGGGAACAGCAAGCAUCACCUGCAGGUGGUGAACAUCUCCACGGGGAAGAAGGUGAAGGGGGGGUGCAGCAAGCUGACGGGCCGUGUGCUCUCGCUCUCCUUCGACGCUCCGGGGAGGAUCCUGUGGGCGGGAGACGACCGCGGGAGCAUCUUCUCCUUCCUCUUCGACAUGGCCACAGGGAAGCUGACCAAAGCCAAGCGUCUGGUGGUGAGCGAGGGCAGCUCCAUCUGCAGCAUCUCUGCUCGAUCCUGGAUCAGCCGCGAGGCCAGAGACCCCUCGCUGCUGAUCAACGCCUGCGUCAACAAGCUGCUGCUCUACAGGGUUGUGGAUAACGACGGCACUCUGCAGCUGAAGAGGAGCUUCCCGAUCCAGCACGGCUCGCAGCACGUCCACAGCAUCUUCUGCCCCCUCAUGUCCUUCAGACAGGGGGCCUGCGUGGUGACCGGCAGCGAGGACGCCUGCGUUUACUUCUUCGACGUGGAGCGAAACACGAAGGCGAUCGUGAACAAGCUGCAGGGUCACGGCGGCCCGGUGCUCGACGUCAGCUUCAACUGCGACGAGAGUCUGCUGGCGUCCGCCGACUCCACCGGCAUGGUGAUCAUCUGGAGGCGCGAGCAGAAGUGACCGAACCCUCCUCCAACGAAUGAUACAAAAACACAUAACAAUUCUUCCAUCCACUGCAUACAGAACGACCCUGCCGCUCCUUAACCGUCCGAUAACUAGUGUGUCCAUUUUCCCUGGAAUAUGGAGAGUAGAGUGGUGCAGGGAUGAAGUUAGCAUUCUUGACAAAUGCAAUGGGAUUUUACCAUUUAAUUCUUGAAUUCUGCCAACAAAUAAGCUCUGUGGCAAACAUGUAUGAUACUGACAUGUUUUGUAGGAAUAUUAUUCACAUAUUUAACACCCCUUUGUGAUUUUUAAAGCUUAAAUGCAAACGUAAAAAGCUUACGUUAAGCUAUGAAGGAACUACGUCACGGUCACAUGACUUCACGUCACCACCGCUAAGCUAAAGGUGGCUAAUGUUGGCCGUGAUGACUAGUAGUCGUCUCAUUUAGACACUUGUUAGCAACCGUCGUUUUUAAAUUCACCAGUGGGAUAUUUACUGGCGUAUUUUAUGUUGCAAAGCUUGUGUUAACCAUAGACCUUAUUUCGGGCUAACAACCAGAAACACGCUCAAAAAACCAUUCACUUCAAGACGUGCUAACCUUGUGCUAAAUGCUAACUCAUUCACUGGUUUAGGCCUCAUUCCUGCACCACUCUAUUAAUGGAUUAAUGUAACGCCAAACUCAAGUGCAAUCAGAUAAACACCGUGCUGUGUAGGUGGUCUUAUACAUUAAAGCGAUUGGGUUGUGUGUGUGUGUGUGUGUGUGUGUGUGUGUGUGUGUGUGUGUGUGUGUGUGUGUGUGUGUGUGUGUGUGUGUGUGUGUGUGUGUGUGUGUGUGUGUGUGUGUGUGUGUGUGUGUGUGUGU